UUUCGUAAUUAAUACCUUAAUUUUCACCCAUCUUCACCAAAUGUUUUAUUGACUAAUUACUUUUCCUCAUAAUUGACUGUUCAUUGCAAGGUUAGUUUCUCUAAUUUUCUUUACAAGUUUGGUCUCCAUUUACUCUAAUCUAUCGUACAAUAUGUAAAUCAUGAUCAAUGGUUAUUUAGUUUUCAGAAAAACUAAUGUUAUCCCUGGACAAAAUAAUUAAUUACUAGAAUUUUUUCUCUUUAUUGUUUGUUACAAAAAAAAUUGUAUAUAACUUUGGUCUUAAUUAUUUAAUCUUCUUUUAUAUUUAGCAGUUGUUUAGACGUUCGAGUGAUUUUCAUGGAGCCCUUUGCAGACGUGAGUUGCAUAUUGAAAGUGGAUGUCCAUUGCGAUGCAUGCAAGAUGAAGAUGGUGGAACUUUUAAGUUCCGUAUGCGGAGUGUAUGCAUUGACAAUAAAUGCAGAAAAAGGAGAAGUAAAUGUAUGUGGAGAAGUGGAUCCAAACCUAUUAGUGAAAGCACUAAAAGGAACAGGAAAACAUGCAGAAAUAGUACAUGUGAAGCUCAAACAUCCUGCUCUUACUACUCCUACAACACCUUAUCGUCCUUCUUAUAAUGGCCAUGGCUACCAUAGCCUUGGUUACGGCUACGGCCAUGGCCACAACUACGGCUAUGGCCAUGGCCAUGGCCAUGGCUACUACCACACAAUGCCAAUGAGUCCAUACAAUUAUUCAAUGAGAAGAUCACCCAUGAUGAUGGAGCAACCGCACUACUAUGGCCAUGCUUCCUCAUAUCCUAGGUAAUAUGUCAUCUUAUGCGUAACUUGUUUUCUUACCUAAUUAGUUUAUAGUAUAAUCUAGGCCGAUACUAUAAAAAUGGUACAUGAGGUGGUUGUCGUGGUCAGGAAUGUGAUCAAAGGCGUGAUCUGAACUUUAUAAUUUGUAAAUUCUAGGGAAAGUGAU